GAGAUGAUUGUUGUGAUUUUAUUUGGUGUCCAUUCGUUUUAAUGAAAGAAAAAAAAAGAAUCAAGACUCAAUGAAUCAUUCAUGUGUUCAGAUGAUUCUUGUCAUUCUAUUUGGUGUCCAUUCGUUUUAAUGAAGAAAAAAAAGAAUCCAGAAUGAAUGAACCAUUCAUUUGUUAGAUGAUUCUUGUGAUUCUAUUUGGUGUCCAUUCGUUUUAGUGGCUUAUUCUUAACGUUAGCCAUGCUAGCUCUGGUGCAAACGUUAAAAAAAAGACACAUAUCUACGUGUAGCGAACGUGUUGAUUGGUUGAAUCUGACAUGUCUCUGAAUCCCACCUAAUAAGUGGAGCAGGGUGUGUAUUUUUGGAGGGGGGGUGAAGCACAAUGGCGCCUUCAGGGUAUAUUUACACUUUCCCCUUUGGUACACUCGAGCCCUUCUACUAUUCUGAGGGUUACGGUAAGCACUUCCCAGCAUCCCCUUCUCCAUUUCCUUACACAAAGUAAAGAAAAGAGCAAUAAGGGAAAUAGCCGGAGGUCAAACAGUGCAGGGAGUGAGAAGUAUAACACAGUGACGCUGGUAGAAAAGCGUUCGUGUCUCUGUUUUAUUUAUAGUAUUCAUAUUAUUAGUAAUAAAGAUGGUGGAGACGAUGGUGAGCGACUCCCAUUUUCAGAGCCAGUUAUCGACCAUAAUGGAAAUGCUGGCGAAAACGGCCGUGCUGGAAAUCGGCAAACUGGUGGAGGAGAGUCAUGCCGUGUUCAGGAGAGAGAUUUCUCGCAGGAUCUCCGAAAACGAAGGUCUGAAGAAGAAGUGCGAUUUGUUAGAGAGCGAGCUGAAGGCGAGCAGGAGGAACCCACAGGACAGAGCCGAGACGCACAGAACCCAGAAUAAAGAAGCUGGUCAUCGUCCCACCAUCGAAGGCGUGUUUGGGAAGGAGUGGUGCAUGGACCUGUGGAAAGACAAGGAGUCAAGUGCGAUACAGAAGCUACAGAAGCAACAGAGACACGUGGACCCGUCUAUGAUCGAGAGUAUUGAUCUAAUGGAAGAUGAUGAACCCGACAUGAUCAUCAUCAAAGACGAGACGUUUGACGACGGGCCGGGCAAAAGCAAGCCACAAACGAACUCGAGAAGCAGUGAGAAAGACCCUGCUUUCUCAGCCGUGGAACAGGAUGCAGCUCAGAUAAGUGAGGAAUUCAUCCCGUACGCUGCAGCGUUAGACAACAUGCAGCCGAGACACGCAGCCGAGCAGACGUUUGACAUCAGAGCAGACCCGAGAUUGUCUGCGACCGGAGACGCCGCCACUUCAUCCAACAUGAGUACAGAGGAGUUUAGCACGUUCUUUCCUGCUAACCUGCACAUGAACACCCAGAAGAACUUCAUGUCUGGUUCAGAGCAGAAGAAGUUUGAAUGCGUGUUCUGCGGGAAAAACUUUAAUUACUUAAGCUAUUUAAAAGUGCACUUACGGACACACUCCGGAGAAAAACCCUUCUGCUGUACGGUGUGCGGCAAGCGCUUCGCUCAGAAGACGUACCUCAAAAUUCAUAUGCGCACUCACUCCGGAGAGAGACCCUACACGUGCAUGGAGUGUGCCAAGAGCUUCUCGCAGAAGAGUUCGCUAAACAUACACCUGCGCAGCCACACCGGAGAGAAACCGUACAGCUGCGUGGACUGUGGGAAACGUUACGCUUAUAAACACGGCUUCAACAUCCAUCAGUGCAACAGCUGAACCUGUAGCCGUGUUACACCUGUAGCUAGAAUAUUCCAGCAUUCGACACACACACUGUGCAUUGUGCAGAUUGGCACAUAACACUCAGCUACCAGUUUAGGUUAUACAAGUA